AUGAGCAAAGGCCUGGAUCUGGGACCAGAAGGUCAUAAGCAGAAGCCAUCGAACAGCUCUGAGGGGGACCAAAGGGGCACUGCCAUGGUGGAGGGCAUGGCCAUCCUCCAGGACCCGGUGGGGUCCCCCAUGGCCAUGGCCAUGGCCCAGGGCACUGUCCUGGAGGGAACCACCCCCCAGGGCCAUGCGGGGUUCCCCCUGGUCAUGGCCCAGUGCAUGGCCCUGGAGGCAGCCACCCCCCAGGACCCUGUGGGCCCUCACCUGGUCACCAUCACUGAGGAAGCAGAAGAAAACAGGACACAAGAUGGGGAGCCUGACAAGCUGCAGCAAACUGCAGAGAAAAGACGUAUCAACUAUCUCGUGGACCUGACCACACUCUGCCAGCUAUUCCCUGAUGGGGGAGCCAGCAAGUACCCUGGAGUGAGUGGCUACUGGAGUCUGGGCUUCAAGUCCGAGGGGCGCAGACCCAGACCGAGGUCCAAGUCCAGGUGGACGGGAAGAAAGGCCCAAUUUGAGCAGAUGCCUAGCCUCACUGGGGAAGAUGGCGCUGAGCGGAGCCGAGAGAAGAGUGGGACUAACGUCGCCCGACCUGCCGACCCCUCGGCGUCCGGCGCUGUGAAGCGCGGGCGCGGAGCGGCGCCCUCUUUCCGGCUGGAAGCCCCUGCGUUUCCAGUUGUGAGCAUCUCUGCAUGUUCCCCAGACAGGUCCCAGACCAAGGCUGUGGCCCCUGAGGCAAGUCCAGAGAGAAGCUGCUCCCUCCACAGCUGCCGCUUUGAGGACCCUUUCAGUUCUUCGGGACCCCCACCAACAACUUCCACUCUCCAGCCUGUGGGUCUGUGCAGCCCCUUGGCUCCUGUGCACUUCACCUAUCCCCGGGCACCACAGGAAUACCAGGGGGGCAGUUCCCUGCUAGGACUUGGGGACCGGGCAGCUCUGUGUUCCCAUGGCUCCAGCCUCAGCCCAUCCCCAGCCCCCUCACGGCAUGACGGGGCCUGGAAGCCACCCUCUGUGCAGCACCAUGUGGUCAGCGUCAGGCAGGAACAAGCCUUCCAAAUGCCAAAGAGCUAUUCCCAGCUGAUUGCUGAGAGACCAGUGGCUGUGCUGCUGCUGUGUCUGGCUGUCGUCCUCCUCUGCACCCUGGCUGGACUGUUGGGGGGCCAGCUGCCCGACUUCUCCGAGCCUUUGUUGGGCUUUGAGCCUCGGGACACGGACAUUGGGCGCAAGCUAGUGGUCUGGAGAGUACUGCAGGCCCUCACAGGCCCCAGGAAGCUGCUUUUCCUUUCCCCAGACCCCAGGGAGCUGAACAGCUCAACCUCCCACACUGUUCUGAGCCCUGCACCCUGGGGCAGCGCCCAGGAGGGCGUUGUUCAGCCUCGGAGGAUGGUGGAGUUCCUGGAGAACAGAGGGCAGGAGAGCUUCUUCUGUGGCCCCCCCGAGAAGAGCUAUGCACAGCUGGUGUUCAUGUCCACUUCAGAGGGCAGCCUGUGGAACGUGCACGCCAUCCAUUCCAUGUGUCGCAUGGAACAGGACCAGAUCCGCUCCCAUACCCACUUUGGGGCUCUGUGCCAGCGUACAGCAGCCAACGAGUGCUGCCCCAGCUGGUCCAUGGGCAAUUAUGUGGCUGUGCUCUCCAACCGCUCCUCCUGCCUGGACACUACCCAAGCUGAUGCAGCCCACAUACUGACCCUGCUUCGGGCCUGUGCCCCCUACUACCACCGUGGUGCCCUGGUGCCCUCUUGUCUGGGACCCAGGCAGGACAAGUCCCCACACUGUGCCCAGAUUCCCACCAAAUGCUCCUGGAGUAGUGCCAUCUACCAACUCCUGCACUUUUUGCUGGACAAGGACUUUCUGAGUCCCCAGACUGCUGACUACCAGGUGCCCUCCCUCAAGUACAGCCUUCUCUUCCUGCCCACCCCAAAGGGUGCCUCUAUGAUGGACAUCUACCUGGACCGCUUAGCCGUCCCUUGGGGGCUCUCGAACAACUAUACGUCCGUCGCCGGCAUGGACCUGGGCCUCAAGCAGGAGCUGCUGAGACACUACCUGGCCCAGGAUACGGUGUACCCCUUGUUGGCCCUGGCUGCCAUCUUCCUGAGCAUCGCCCUCUACCUGCGCUCGCUCUUCCUGGCGCUCAUGGUCUUGCUGGGGGUGCUGGGCUCCCUGCUGGUUGCCUUCUUUCUGUACCGCGUGGCCUUCCGCGUGGCCUACUUCCCCUUCGUCAAUCUGGCGGCCCUCAUCCUGCUCAGCAGCGUCAGUACCAACCACACGCUCAUCUUCUUCGACCUAUGGCGCCUCAGCAAGAGCCAGCUGCCCUCUGGGGGACUGGCGCAGCGCGUGGCUCGCACCAUGCACCACUUCGGCUACCUGCUGCUAGUCUCUGGCCUCACCACGGGCGUGGCCUUCUACGCCAGCUACCUGAGCCGCCUACCAGCCGUGCGCUGCUUCGCGCUCUACAUGGGUACGGCUGUGCUGGUGCACAUGGCGCUGACGCUGGCCUGGCUGCCCGCGUCCGCGGUGCUCCACGAGCGCUUCCUGGCGCGCGGCUGUGCGCCCCCGGCGCAGGGCCCAUGGGGCUGCAGCGCGCCCCGCCUGCUGCCCUGUGGCGUCAUCAAGUUCCGCUACAUCUGGAUCUGCUGGUUUGCGGCGCUGGCAGCUGGAGGUGCCUACAUCGCCGGCGUCAGCCCCCGCCUGGGACUGCCCGAGCUGCCGCCGUCUGGCGGCCAGGUCUUCCGGCCUAGCCACCCCUUCGAGCGCUUCGACGCAGAGUACCGCCAGCAGUUCCUGUUCGAGCGGCUGCCUCAGGGGGAGGGCGGCCACAUGCCCGUGGUUUUGGUGUGGGGAAUCCUGCCUGUGGAUACUGGCGACCCCCUGGACCCUCGCAGCAACAGCUCACUGGUGAGCGACCCUGCCUUCUCGGCCAGUAGCUCCGAGGCCCAGCGCUGGCUGCUGGCACUCUGCCAUAGGGCCCGGAAUCAGAGCUUCUUCGGCACCCAGCCAGAGGGCCGGUCCACGCUGUGCUUUGUGGAGGCCCUCCAGCGCUGGAUGGAGAGCCCCAACUGCGCCCGCCUGGGUCCUGACCUCUGCUGUGGCCGCUCAGGCUUCCCUUGGGCCCCCCAGCUUUUCCUGCACUGCCUCAAGAUGAUGGCUCUGGAGCAAGGCCUCCAUGGCACCCGUGACCUGGGACCCCGCUUUGAUGCCCACGGCAGCCUGGUUGCCCUGGUCCUGCAGUUCCAGACCAACUUCCAGUACAGUCCAGACUACGGCCAGACCCACCAAUUCUACACUGAGGUCAGCCACUGGCUGGCAGUGCAGCUGGGCAUGGCACCUCCAGGCCUCCGCCAUGGUUGGUUCACAAGCCGUCUGGAGCUGUACAGCCUGCAGCACAGCCUGAGCACUGAGCCUGCUGUGGUGCUGGGUCUAGCCUUGGCACUGGCCUUUGCCACACUACUGCUGGGCACCUGGAAUGUUCCACUCAGCCUGUUCUCUGUGGCAGCAGUGGCAGGCACUGUCCUACUCACUGCAGGACUCCUGGUUCUCCUCGAGUGGCAGCUCAAUACUGCUGAGACCCUCUUUCUCUCUGCCUCUGUGGGCCUUUCAGUAGACUUCACUAUCAACUACUGCAUCUCCUAUCACCUGUGCCCACAUCCUGACCGCCUGAGCCGCGUGGCCUUCUCACUGCGCCAGACCAGCUGUGCCACGGCAGUGGCGGCUGCAUCCCUGUUUGCAGCUGGUGUGCUCAUGCUGCCUGCCACAGUUCUGCUCUAUCGCAAGCUGGGCAUCGUCCUCAUGAUGGUCAAGUGCGUCAGCUGUGGCUUUGCCAGCUUCUUCUUCCAAUCUCUAUGCUGUUUCUUUGGGCCAGAGAAGAACUGUGGACAGAUCCUCUGGCCCUGUGCCCACCUGCCAUGGGACACUGGAACUGGGGAGCCCGGUAGGGAGAAGGCAGGCCAUCCACGACCAGGGCCAGGAGGAGGGGCACCUGGGUCCUGCUCAGAGCACUAUGAGCUACAGCCCUUGGCACGACGCCGAAGCCCCAGCUUUGACACCAGCACAGCCACCAGCAAGCUGUCCCACCGGCCCUCAGUACUCUCUGAAGAUCUGCAGCUGCAUGAUGGCCCCUGCUGCACCCGACCCCCACCAGCCCCUGCUUCCCCAAGGGAGCUGCUCCUAGACCACCAAGCAGUUUUCAGCCAGUGCCCAGCCCUGCAAACCUCCUCGCCCUAUAAGCAGGCUGACCCCAGCCCCAAAACCCGGGCCGGGCAGGACUCCCAAGGGCAGAAGGCUGAGACCCCGCAGGCCUCACCAGAAGCCUCAGCCGACUCCCCUAAGUCCAAGGCUGCAGAGCCUCCAAAUGGCCUCUGCUCCUCAGCCAGCACCUUGGAGGGGCUCAGUGUCUCUGAUGAGACCUGCCUAAGCACCUCUGAGCCCAGUGCCCGUGUACCAGAUUCCGUGGGUGCCUCCCCAGAGGACCUGGAUGACACUGGCCAGCCACUACCUGAACGAGGCCAGCUGAAUGAGAAGCGGGACACCCUAUGGCUGGCACUGAGGGAGACAGUGUAUGACCCGUCACUGCCUGACUCCCACCAGAGCAGCUUGUCUUGGAAGGGCCGCGGAGGGCUGGGGGACGGCAGCCCUGUGGUGCUGCCCAACAGCCAGCCAGAUCUGCCAGACGUUUGGCUGCGCAGGCCCAGCACCCACACCUCAGGCUACAGCAGCUGAAGGCGGCCUGGUGAGGCCGGACUGGGGCACAGAGCCCUGUGGGGGAUGAGUGGAGACUGAAGGCAUUUCUCCAAAUCGACAUGGAGAGGUCUCACCCUCCAACUGUGGAUUUUAAACCAUGCUAGAUGUUCCAGCCUUGCUCUGGCUGCUGCUUACUCCUCACAUCUGGAGGAUUCCGUGGGGAGGGUUUUUGGAGGGGAACACCAGGCUCUCCCUGUAUCCUGCUGAGGACUUGUCUGCUGCCCAGCACCAACAAGGACCCAUCCUCUGGAAAGGAAGAAGGCCAGAUGUAACCUUAGGGGAGACUGACCUGGCCCCCAUCCCAAGUGGCAAGAAGUUCAGUAAGACUAAGGGACCCCAUCCCUGGGACCCUGUUGGGGCACCUCACUGACUAGAAGAGCACACAGGCACCUCUGCAGCCUCCUGGGUCCCACCCCUUUCAUGGGCUCUUCAUCAGGACACUUCCCUCUCUUUGGGAAGUGUCUCUAGGCCAGAAUUGGGCUGGGGCCUCUGUCCCGAACUGCCCUGCUCUCCUCACACUCACCAGUCUGUCCAGAAAUUCUCCAAUACUGGGCAGAGAUGGCUUCUGUGAGUGAAGCAGAAGGAGGAUGGCCAGCCUUGGAGCCUCCCUAAUUUCAAGACAGUCCCUCGCUGGAAGUAGGCUCUGGUGCUUUCCCCUUAAUAAACAACCAUAAUCCUUUACACCCCUGCACCUUUUAAGUCUCCUUGGAAUCUCACCACUUCACUACAGAGUAGCCUGCUGCUGGUCAGGUUCCUUCACCCCCAAUUUACAUGUGAAGACGUUAAGACUAAGUAAGGUUAAUUGAUUUACCCCAAGUCACAUAGCUAGUAAGUGGCAGAGCAGUUUCCUGACUCAUUGCACCACUACAACUCCUAGUCUCCUGGCACCUGCCUCAGGGACAGCCUUUGGCUGUCUUGAUCCUUCACCUCUAGCACCUUCCUCCAACCUGCCUUCUCUGGUCUCUGUAAGUAAACCCCUCUUCCCCCUUUGGGCCUCCGUCUCCAGAGAGAGUUGUACUCUGAACAAACCCCCAAGUUCCUCCCCAUCUCCUCUGUGCUUUCCUCUGGAAUCUGGCAGAGGUGCCUACCAGCCAUGGGGCAUCCUGGCUGAUCUGAUUCUCAGGCUUCAGGAACAUGCCUCUUCUAUGGCUGCAGUAUAUGGAGAAGCCCCUCCAGGAGAGGUAUUGAGGGGCAGAAGAGGUUGAACAGAAUCCAUUUAAGGCAGGAAGUCAGGCCUGCCCUUUUGAGAGUGUGUGAGUCUAGGUCCCUAACAUGUUAAGGACAGGUCACUCUGGGGGACACUCAGAAGACCAAAGGCUGGCUUCCCCUCACUAAAGCAGAGUCUGGUUGGGGGGUUUUGUCCCGUGGGAGACCUCAUGAUGCCGGGCAGGUAGCAUCAAAAAGUUUAUUGAAUACCUACUUCGCAUAUGUUAUUACAAGGGACAGAGGUGUGGAAGGAAAAUCGAACUACCCUCGAAGAGCUCACUUUCUAGCUGGGGAGACAGCAAGCAGACAUCAGAUGGGCUAGCAAUGGCACCAUAUUCCUGGCACCAUCAUUAUUGCUGGAGCACAAGUAACCAGGACUGGGUAACCAAGAAGGCUUCCUGGAGGAGGAAUGACUUGGGCUGGACUUCAGAAGACCAAGUAUCACAGACUGGAAGGGGUCUUAGCGAUCAUCUAUUCCAGCAGUUUUCAAACUUUGUAGCCUCAUGACACUUUCUUCAAAGAAGCUUUAUGUGGAAACAAUACGUAAAACAGAUAAAAAGCAGCUACUAUGGUAGGUGCUGGGGAUGGAGAGGGUGGUACAGAGACAGCUUAGCCUCCCUUUCCACUGCAGCCUCUUCUAGGGCCCUGGAGCACCCCUCAGGCUCCUGGCAGCUCCACAGAAUGUGGUAUGAAGACCACUGAUCCAGGCCAUUUUACAGAUGAGUAUCAGAAAAGGGAGGGUAUUUUUCCAGGGCCAGUCUUUGGCAGAGCUGGAGGCAAGUUAGAGAGUGUUUCUGUUUUGUUUUGUUUUGUUCUGUUCCCAUAUUCUUGAGACCUAACUCCCAUCCCAAGUAGCCCAUAAGAAGUAGAGCAGAACCACAAAUGAGACAUGGGAGUGGUAGAAGAGACAAGACAAUAGGCAGGAAUGACAGGCUCCUUUACAAGAUAAGUAAAUCAAGAUAAGUAACUCCUGAGGCUAGGAAGAGGAGGCAGUGACUAGGAUCUAAUUUGUUCCUGUUCCCCUAGGGGUCUACUGGGAACUCUCUCUCUUCAUGUCCAAGUAGCAUUCAGCCUCCCUGGCCUCAGGCUGCUCAUUAGGGUCCUGGCUUUAUCCCACAGGCUGGUCUCAUCUUGGACAAUAAGCCACAGGGAGGGCAAGACCCCUCCUUCUGAGCAUGAGCAGAAGUCCUGCCUUGACUCAAAAGAGAGUCCAGCAUCUUAGUUGCUUCUCAGCAACUCACCCAGGCUCUUCUUCACCCUUUGUAACCUCAGCCUUGUUCAUAAGGACGAUUAUAACUCAAGGUCUGCAGAUGUUUAUGCUUAAGAGAAGAAAUUCACCAGGAAGAUGAUAAACAAAAGAAAGCCACUAUGUGCUAUGUAAAUGUCUGGCUGUCCAAAGCCACCCUGUGUGGAAGAGCCCUGAAAGGACAUUAAUAAAUUUCUGUUAUAAUUAUUAUCA